CGGCGGAGCGUCCGGCGAAUAUUUUGACGUCACGAUUUCACCCGUGCACCACGCGGACCUGAUCGCGGACUUCAUUAAGGGGUUGCGGUAAACCCUCGCAAAUUAACAGUUAGAUUUACGCCAUCAUUUAUAAAUACAAAAAUCGACCAGACCCAUUGUUCAGUUAGUGCUCAUUUUUGAUCGUGACAACUACCCUUCAGUGACUCUUUGUACGAAACCACCAACCAACUUCAUUCAAGAUGAAAUUCACCGUUAGCAUUGCUUUGAUCCUGGCUCUGUUCGCCUCCGCCCAGGCCCUGCCGAGCCGGAUGGGGCGCCAAGAAGAGGCCGCCGCUGUCCCUGAAGACCCGGCCGCCGCUGCCGCCCCUGCUGAACCGGCCGCUGUCGCUGAGGACGCCCCUGCUGCCCCCGUCGCUGAGGCCGCCGUCGCCCCUGAAGGAGACAAACACGCCCACGAACACGAACACGAACACAAACCCACCCACCACGAGCACAAACCCACCCAUCACGAGCACAAACCCGCACCCACCCACUACGAGUCCGAGCCAGAGCACUACUACGAGGUCAGCAAGCCCCAGGUCCACCCACACCCCAUCAACCUCCACGCCAUCCUCACUGCCCUCAAGUACGUCGGACCCGUCGUCGGCGACCUCAUCCAGCCUUUCGCCCUCAACAUCGUCCACGCCAUCAUCGGGGCCAUCACUGAAACCCUCAGCUCUGGUUUCUCAAUGCCCACCCCACACCACUACCCGGUCUCUUAUCCAGAACCACACCAUCACGAAUAAGAAGGUUGAAUAAGAAUCAGAUUUCCAACAGAUUUCAGUGGUUUGAAACACCACUAGCUAAUGACGUAUCAUCUGAUGAAAUCGCUCGAGAUAACGUACCGAGAAUAUUCUUUCUUCAACAACCGGUGGGAAAGUAUUUUCAUAGCAGGCUCAAACUGAUGAACGUUUAAAAUAACUCAAUUCAUCCUCCGAAAACCUUCAAUUUAUUUGGAGCCUUGUUUCGCUCUAAAUCAGAGCCCUGUUCCUAAUACUCUCUGUUUUAUUUAUUUCAAUGGAAGUGUACAUAAAGCAUAAUUUAUUUAUUUAUUUCUCAAUUUUAAUUAAUUAAUUUCAUGAGAAAAUUAUAUUGGCUCACUUCAACUGUGCUCAU